AUGCGCGUGCGGGCGGCGCUGUGGUGGCUGGCGCUGGCGGGCGCGGUGGCGCGCGCGCGCGAGCUGGACCCGGCGGCGUGCGGCGCGCGCUUCGACGUGCAGCGCGACAAGAUCAUCCGCACGGAGGAGUCGCGCGAGAUGGGUGCGCGCUACCUGUCCGAGCUGGACGUGGGCGCGCGCCACGAGUGCCUGCGCCUCUGCUGCGAGACGGACUCCUGUGACGUUUUUGUUUAUGAGGAAAAGAGCCCGGGCAGCUGCUACCUGUUCAACUGCGGGCCGCCCGAGGACUUCCGCUGCAAGUUCACGGCGCACGGCAACUUCAGCAGCGGCGUGCUGGCGCUCAGCCGGCGCCUGGCCGAGCUGCAGGACCAGGAGCGCCUGGCGCGCCACGAGACCGCGCUGGCCGGCCUGAGAGGCGCGACGAGCUCGACGAGCACCAGCAGCACGACGACGACGCCGGCGCCCGCGCCCGCGCCCGCCGCGCCGCCUGCGCCGCCCGGCCCUCCUCGUACGUAUACACAUGCUGCCCUUUCACACUGA